UACCCUGCCAGUGAACAUCUGAUGAAAACACAAGAAAAGGAGGGAAAGAAAACAAUUCCUUUUAAUUCGUUUGUUUUACAUUAAAAAAAACACAAAUAAACCCAAAUAUGGGUGGCGGGGACUUGAACCUAAAGAAAUCAUGGCAUCCGCACACGAUGAAAAACCAGGAGCGUGUGUGGAAAGCCGAGGAGCAGGCGAAGAUGGAGGAGCGCAAACUACAGGAUCUGCGAAAGGAGAUCAACGAUGAGAGGGAUAGAGAGGAGCUGCGAAGAUUGGGAGAGAGCUCCGGGGUGCUGACCAACAGCGGAGCAGGCGGCGGCGAGGCCAAGCUGGAAUGGAUGUACAAAAACAGCACCGAGCUGAUCAAUCGCGAAGAGUACCUGCUGGGCCGCAAGAUAGACAAGUCCUUUGAGACGCUGCAGGCCGAGGAGCGCCGCCAGGAGCAAAAUACGGUUGGAGUCAAGCAGUCCAUCAACCAUGUGGAGCACGACUGUGUGCCCUUUUCCAUUCGGGAAUAUCGCAACCUUCAAUCCACAGAACAGGUGGACAUGCAGCGCAAGACUCUCGAAGAUCCACUGAUGCUGAUCAAGCAGCGUGAGAUGGAAUCCCGCCGAAAACUUCUCGAGAAUCCCGUCAAACUGAAGGAAAUCCAUCGCAUCCUCAAGACCGAGCAGGAAAUGAAGGCCGCCAAGGAGAAGAAGUCCAAGAAAAGCAAGAAAUCCAAGAAAAAGAAGAAAAAGAACAGAAAAUCGAGCGAUGAGGACAGCAGCAGCAGCAGUGAAAACAGUGACAGCGACGAUGAUCUGGACAGAAAGCUGGCCCGCCAAGUCAGCAAGCUCAAGGGAGAUUCCGGCAACGGUGACCUAAAGCUGGACAAGCUGCUGGACGCCAAGUACAGGACGAUAUCUAAACAACUGGACAUGGCCACCAAGAAGAAAAAGAGCAAAAAAUCCAGAAGCAGCGAUAGCAGUGAUGAAGAGGAGAGACCCAGACGACAACGUUCCAGGGAGUUGGAUCUAAAAAAAAGGGAUAGAAAUGAAAGCUCUAGACGAAGAAGCAGAAGCCCAGAUAACAGAAAGCAGAGGGAAAGGCACAGGAGCAGAAGUCUUCAGGGCAGGAAGGAGGCUUCCAAGCAGCUAAGAAGAAGCAGGAGUCCAGAACAGAGAAACGAUAACAUCCGGCAAAGGAGGAGAAGCCGAAGUCCAGAGGAAAGAAGGGACAGGCGGCGAAGCAGGAGUCCAGCGGAGCGGAGGAAUAGACACCGCAGUCCAGAAAACAAAAGGGAAACCCACAAAAUAAGGGAGAAACGCAGGAGUAGAAGCCACGAGGAAAGAUCCCGAACAAAACGGAGCAGAAGUCAGAGUCCAAAACGAGAUCCAGAGUCCCAAAGAAGGGAAAGGGAUCCUCCUUCUGCACGGCCUGCAGGCAAACCCAAACUUAGCGAAGCCGAUCGAGAAGCUCGUCUCCGCGAGAUGAUGGACAAUGCCACCUGGCGGGAGGCGGAUCGCAGCCAGGUUGUGCGCAAACACCGGGAAGCCUAUGCCCGAGAGGAGGCCCAAAACAGAGAACGCGACUUCGACAAGGAGUUCAUCAACAAGGAGGUGAAGAAGGCCAUUGCCAACCAGAACUCCAUUGGCGAUCGCAUCCGAGCCAAUCGGAACAACAUCCAGCGCACCGCCUCCUCGAUGGACACCAACUUUGCACGCAAAUAAACUA